AUGAAGAACAUUUUCGCGACUAUCCUCCUCGCCGCUCUCCCGGCUUGGGCGGUCCAAUUCACCAACACUAAUUUUGAUAGUAUCACUGCCGGCAAGCCCUUCGACAUCACCUGGACCGACGCUUCUGGCGCCGUUACCCUGACCUUGAAGAACGGCUCUUCUGACAACCUUCAGACUGUUGGCGAGAUCACCUCCGGCCAAACUGGCGAGAGCUACACCUGGACUCCCUCCACCACCUUGGCCUCCGGCACCUACGCCUUGGAGAUCAACGAUGGCACCGAGGUGAACUACAGCAAGCAGUUCGAGAUUACUGGUGGCACCUCUGCCAGCAGCAGCAGCAGCUCUGCUAGCAGCACCUCUUCCAAGGCCAGCUCCACCUCUUCUUCAACUGCCUCGUCUACCACUGUCUCCAGCACCACCUCAAGCAGCGCUUCUGCCACCAGCAGCUCUGCCUCUACCACCAGCGGUUCUAGCACCUCUGCUAGCACCACAUCUGCUAGUUCCACCUCUUCCGCGUCUCGCACUUCUGCUGCUUCCUCCACCUCUGCUUCUGCCGUGCCCAACACGAAUGCUGCUCAGACGAUGGCUCCGUUUGUGGCACCAAUGUUGCUCGCCGUCGGUGCCGUCUUCAUUUAA